AUGAAGCGUAAGCUCUCAGACGCCGGCGAUCAGCCGCCUGUUUCUACACCCAAAAGACGACGCACAGCCCUAGAACAAUCCAAUGGCGCCUUGAACAGCCACGCGCCCAACGCUCCACUUCCGAAUGGCGAUGCCUCCCACGAGCUUCCCCCAUCAGAACGGGAUCAAUCAACACCCAAAAAGGCUAGCGGUCUAUCUGCGACACCAUUACAACAGUCUGGGCUGAAAACGCCCACCCACAAAUCCAAGGCGCGUGGUUUGUUCGCUACUCCUACCAAGCCCAAGUCCGCAGUUGCAGCCACCCCGUCGCGAGUUAAGAAUGCAGACCGAUCUGUCCGGAAGAAGAGCGCACGAGUGUUAUUCGAACAGGACGAAGACGCAGCUUGGGAUGGAUCGGAACGACUAGCGGAAGAAAUCUUACAGGGAGAUGAGCCGGACACGGAGAAAGGCCAGCCUCUAGCGGAGAGCAUAGAACCUGAAGGUGGAGAAGAGGCUCCCGAGAAGGGAGUCAAACAACCAAAGCGCCGCGCAGGACGACCAAAAGGCGCGAGAAAUAAGCGCUCCCCGACACCGGAAGGCGAGCUUCCUGCACACGAACGAUACUUCUUUCAGAACCGCGCUGGUCCUGUCAAGACAUCAAAUGCCACUCUCAACAAAGUACCGCUGUUAACGCAUGAGGAAUAUUUCGAGAAGCUGGGACAAUAUGAAGAUCCAUGCAAGGAAGAAAAGGAAUACCUACAAUCAUUGCACCACCGAUCUUUCCCGCAGUGGGCAUUCGAAUUCGAUGAAGGCUUUAACAUCUGCCUCUUUGGCUACGGCUCCAAGCGCAAGCUAGUGGAUGAAUUCGCGGAGUGGAUUUACAACCACCGCUUAUCAGCCACUAUGACUCCUACUAUUGUAAUGGUCAAUGGUUACACACCAGGCAUCUCCAUCCGGUCAAUCUUCGCCACGAUUGUCACAGCCGUAAUGGGCGACGAUGCACCAUCCAAGCUUGGUGCACAGCCAACCGAGGUCCUCGAGCUCCUACAAUCUGCGCUCAAGUCGCACAAAGAGCCCGUCACCGUUUUGAUCAACUCUAUUGAUGCACCGCCUCUCCGUCGUGCAGCCAACCAAGCGCUCCUCUCCCGUCUGGCUGCAACACCGCUCAUCCGUCUCUUGGUCACAGCCGACACCCCCAACUUCCCAGUAAUGUGGGAUAUCAGUCUGCGUGAUCAGUUCAAUUUCGUCUUCCAUGACUGUACAACCUUCCUACCGUUCUCAGUAGAGGCCGAUGUCGUUGAGGAGGUCAACGCUCUCCUUGGACGCAAGGGCCGUCGCGUCGGCGGGAAAGACGGCGUGGGCUUUGUGCUUAAGAGUCUUCCCGAGAAUGCACGCAACCUGUACCGCCUCCUGCUAACAGAACUGAUUACUCUACUGGACGACGGGCACCAGUCAGACGAUGAGGGAGCGACAGAGGGCGGCAAAGCUGGCGAUGACACUGGCAUCGAGUUCCGUCUCCUUUACCAGAAGGCAACGGAAGAGUUUGUCGCUUCUUCGGAGAUGAUGUUCCGUACCCUGCUGAAGGAGUUCCACGAUCACCAGAUGAUCACUUCGCGCAUGGACGCAAGCGGCAUGGAGAUACUGGGUGUGCCACUCUCUCGCGAUGAAAUGGAAGGCGUGCUGGAGGAUUUGGUGCUGGGGUAG